ACCUCUGUGCCCAUUAAUGUCCAGCCUUCUGAGGAAGCCUUCUGCGACCUGGACACACACCAAGGUUUACCGGUGGUCCAGCUCUACGUGUUGCCGUCCUUCUUCCUGACGGUGCUGAUCCUCGGGCUUCCCCUCAACCUGCUCUCCCUCUGGGUUUUCCUCCACCGCCUGCGGCGCUGGACCCGCAGCACGGUGUUCCUCUUCAACCUGACCCUGGCUGACACCUUGUGGCUGCUGGCCUUGCCUUACCUCAUCUACUACCACCUGGACCAUCUGUACUGGAAGCUGGGGCUGCCACUUUGCAUGGGUGUGAGGUUGUUCUACCACAACUACUUCUACCUCAGCAUCUUCUUCGUCACCUGCAUCAGUGUGGACCGAUACCUGGCCAUUGUGCACCCGCUGCGCUCUUUGGUGCUGCUGGGCCGAAGGCAGACCUGCAUGGUGUGUGUGGCGGUCUGGGUGGCCACUCUGAUGCUCAGCAUACCUGUUGCCACUAUGACUCUGAUCCAGACUUGUCCUAGGAGCAACCGCACCGUCUGUACCCUGUACAUACUGCUGAGUGAGACCGGGGAGAGCCUCCCCUUUUCCAUUUGUUGUUCCACCAUCGGCUUCCUUUUCCCGCUGCUCUCCAUCUGCUACUGUGGCCUGCGCAGCGUCAGAGAGCUGCGCCACCGGCCCUGCCGCCCCGACCCGCACAACAGGCAACGGCGGCUGCGGCGGGCGCUGAGCGCAGCGCUGGUUUUCUUUGCUUUGUUUUACCUGCCUUACCACCUGAGCCGCAACGCGGCCAUUGUGAUGCGGGCAGUCUACCCUGGCAGCCCCGCCUCCUGGCAGCAUGCAGACCUGGCCUUUGCCUUGGAGAUGUGCUUCUGUAGCCUUAUCUCCUGCGUGAACCCUCUGUUCGGCUGCUUCAUGGGCCGCCAGUUCAGAAAGGAGUUUCACGGCAUUUUUGCUGUCAUGUUUUCCCAGUGUCCAGGCACGCAGGUGGCCUCAAUGAUAUCUAAGCGGACCAGGAUGACGGUGAGGAAAAGGCAGGGGAUGUCUACUGUCGCACCUGUGUGCGCACUGCCUGCACCUGGAUCUUAACGAGCUGAAUAAAUGUGUAGGCUAAAGGAAUAAUGUUCUUUGUGCACAAUUAAAUUGUAUAGACACCGGUUUGUAUGGCCUUUUGUUUAAUCACCUGUUUUC